AAAUACCAACCAGCCAACAUUGCGGCCAUCUUGUACAUGAUUUAAUCAGAAUUUUUACAUAUUUAGCAGUGCUGAGAAGAUAAUCAGGUAUACCAUUUGGCCACAGAGGCACUAGUCAUCAAAAUGAAAGAGGUUUUCCUUCACCUCUGUUUGGUUGUGUUUCUCGUCCAUGGUGGUCAUCCUAAAGCCGUCUCGGACACAAGGUCUGAAGGGUUAGCUGAAGAUGAGUUGGGAAAACUUUUAGCACUGAGAGAAAAUUUUGAAAAUGGCAUUCAAACAGCGAAAGAAAAAUCAAGUGAAGAAGUUGCAAAUGUCGUAGCGCUGCUGAGGAAUGAAGUUGCUAAGGACCAAGAGCUAGAAAGACAAGCCGAGUAUAAGCGCUAUUUGGAUUCCCUGAAAGAAGGAGACCUCCACGAAGGCGACAUAUUAGUUGACAAGGAGCUGCUAGCAAUGCUUCGAGAUGACGUCAGUGAUGCACCAGCGGAGAAGAGACAGAUGACGUCACGGGCUAACAGGAAGUGGAGAAAGUCUGGUAAUGAUGUCAUCAUUCCCUAUACCAUGGCUGCCGGUGGUUCAGCCUCCUCUACGUUCCAAUUGGCGAUUAACAGUCUGAGCAUGUUAACUUGUAUCAAAUUUCAACACAGAACAAACCAUAGGGACUAUAUUAAAGUAACAGGGGAUGGUAGCAGUUGCUUUUCACCCUAUGGUCGCCAAGGUGGCAUGCAGACACUAAAUCUUGGGAACGGAUGCUACAGCAAAGGCACUGUGCUGCACGAAAUACUUCAUGCAAUUGGAUUUUUCCACGAACAAAGUCGACCUGACAGAGAUAAUUAUGUCACGAUCAAUUAUAGAAAUAUCAAAUCCGGAAUGUCAAGUCAAUUUGCAAAGAAACGAUCUUGGGAAGUAACAACCAAGGGCCAACCGUACGACUUCCAGUCUCUGAUGCACUACAGAAAUACUGAAUUCAGCGCAAACGGACAGAAAACGAUACAGGCAAAAGCCAACCCAUCCAUGUCACUCGGGAAUGACGACUUGUCUGCAACUGAUGUCGACAAGAUUAAUUUGUUCUACGGAUGCCCACAAGCUCGAUGGAAAAUGGACGACUUUGUGAUUCAAGUAAAGACCAGUUCUUCUUGGUUUUCUGGCACCGAUGCCAAGGUAUAUAUGGAAUUGUUCUGGGCAGAUGGCGUGAAUUCUGGAGAAUUCCCAGUCCAGGGAGAAUUUGAGAGGUGGUCCGUGGAUACCAUGGAGCUGUAUUUGCCGAACGAGAGCAAUCUGAGUAAGAUAAAUAUUCGUCAAGAUGGCACUGGUUUUGGCUCCGAUUGGAAACUAGACAGGGUGACAAUAGAAGAUAAAACCCGUAGUACAAGAUAUGAGUGUUAUUGUGACUGCUGGCUGGACAACACUCUUGCCAAGUCCAUCGUCUGUAACCGACUUUAACCAGUCUGGAGACCACCCCAAUAGACCACCGAUAUUGUCCACCCAGGCUCAGUUUUCACUGUGAUCGCUAUACAUUUUAGGGUAGUGGUCUUAUGGAAUAACCGUCAAGCAAAUUGUAUUAGCUGAUGUCUAAAAGUUCGCGAAGGUUUGUUUGUCUCAAUUGUGUUAGGUGGUCCUGUUGAGACUCGGAACAUGUCAGAUUGUGUUUUCCAGUUGCUUGGUUACAAAUGGUUUCCCAAGACCAUGUGCAUGGCACGCUCUGUUAGAGGUAUUUUAUCUUUAGUGCCCUUACGCAAUUUAUUCCUACGUAGCAGUGUUUGUGUUUUUCCUAUUCAAUCCGUUUAAAAUUGUGCAAUUUCAUAGUGCGGUGGCUUUUAACUUUAAUACUAUUCAUGUAUGUGUUUAUGCUCAAAAGAUGUUUCCGUCCCAUGCAGUUAUUUUAGACACACGCAUCUCAGAGGCACACUGUCGAUUUGCUUUAACUUUAAGAAAACUUAAAUAUACUUUAUUUGAAUAUCAACUUUAUGUAUCUAAAUAUUGAUGAUGUCUUCCCUUUUCUGAAAAAUGUGUGGGUAAAAUAAGUUAUUUUUUUACUUGAGCCUUCCGCCUACACAAUACAUUUAUACAGGACACAAUCUUUAGAAUCCAUCCAUUGGUUUACAUUUACAUUGGUUUACUUUUUCAAGUUUAGAUUUUUGUACCGUGUAAUCUUUAUGAAUAAAAGGAUAAGAAAAU